AUGGCUGUUUUCUUACAAGUCGUGAUUGCAGGGACUCGUAAGUAUUUUGCAGACCUGGCUUAUGAUCACAAAAAGUCAGACAGUGAAUUUCUCUCAGAAUACACCGCCCGUUCACUGACGUUCUGUACGGCCUUAUGCGGCUUCUCUUGUGGUUGUUUCGGGUUUAACGCCAAAGACAAGAAGUGCCGCGUCUAUAAUCCGUGUAACCAGGCAGACAUUACUGUGGCUGAAGCUGGCUGGAGGAACUACUUUCCUGAAGCUCUUCCUAGAGACUGCCAUGAUCUUCAUGUUGAAGGUUCAGUAGAGUUCGGUGUCAACCAGGUUUAUCCUUUUGAUAAUACAACGUCACUUCAUGUUCAAUGCUAUAUGGAGACCAAUGACACAUGGUGGACGGUAAUUCAGAGGCGGAGGAGCGGAUCUAUCAAUUUUAACAGAACGUGGGCGGAUUACAAAGGAGGGUUUGGGAACCUAGGAGAUUCUUUCUGGAUUGGAUUAGAUGAAUAUCAAAACAUGCCCAGCAUAUCUCUAUAA